UUCACGCCUUUGGUUGGUUGGACGGAGAGUUGGAGAGAGAGGCGGGAAGGAGGUUUCAGGUGGUGGUGCCUGCAGUGGUAGUAAUAGCUGUUCGUUUUCUGUGGGAGAGGGAGCUGUUUCUCUGUGCUGGUAGUUUUCGGCGGUAGUAGUUACUGCUCGAUGCCGCGGUACUUGAAGCGGAGCGGGAUGUCCGCUCCGCCCGACGGCCUCUGGCCAGACGGUGGGGAGCUGAUGGUCUGUGACCCUGGGGACGUCGAGUCGCCUGGCGUUCGUUCACAGACAGAUUCCGCGAAGGAGGCCGUGGUUCUGCCGAGUCACAGGACGAGGCCAAACCGGGUUUUGGUGCCCACCGCCUAUAGUAACUCCCCGAGUAAGAAGUGGCCGGCCCGGCUGUGCUCAAUGCUGUGUUGUAUCAUUGUGAUAUCGUUCAUUGCCUUUCUUCUAGCGGUUAUGUACUUAAUCCUCAAAGAUUUGCGCUGGGACAGAGAAAACAGUGAGGAUGGUAUUAAAACCGGUAUUUUAGGCCUUUGGAGUUCGUUGAUUUUGGCUUUGACGGCUGGUUUCUCAUGCUGCAGUUUCUCGUGGACAUUGACGUAUUUUGAUUCAUUCGAACCCGGAAUGUUUCCACCGACACCCUUGUCGCCUGCUCGAUUUAGGUAA